AUUUUGUGGUAAGUGCAGCAUGUAAGGUGAUAUCGCGGUAGUCAGGCCGCCUAACCACACAUGGGCGGCGCGACGGCUACAUAACCGAACUGAAGAGACCGGGACCGGCAGAGAGUCGUGUAAGCUUCGUCAUCCACGAUCUAGGGACGUCACAUCAGGGGUGCACACUUGACAUACUCGCUUAGGACGAAUGUCCUCUACGCUACAGCCAGAAACCUAUAGCUAAGAAGCCAAUAACUCGGCCUGUCACAGAGUGGGUCCACUAAGUUCUCUCAUACCUCUUUUACCCAGUUCAGGCACCGAUACAGAAGUAGGCCUACAACGGAGUUUUACCCUAGCAGCUUCCUCAGGAUUUCUAUGAUGGCGUCGUGGCUACAUCUUCUUCUUCUCUUGGGUCUUAUCUAUAGCAUCCACUGUACCCGGGGAUCUAUCGAGCGUCGCCACCGUCAAAGACAGGCAGCAGCUCUCCGAGCACGUGGUGAUGGAGAAAAUACAAAUACCUGCGAUUCAGUCCUGUGUCCUCACGGUACACAAUGUGUGAACAAGGAGAUCCAGUGUCGCUAUGAAGCUUGUCCCACCGUGGCCGUCUGCGAAGCCACGAAAUCGUUCCCUAAUUUCUGCGGUCAAGACAUGGACGCGGGCACGUGCGGGACUAAUUUAGAGAGCCAUACUGAGGAGAGGUGGUUCUAUAAUAAGACGGCAGCUCAGUGUCAGGUCUUCCAGUACAGCGGCUGUGGGGGAAACGAGAACAAGUACCUGACGGCAGAACACUGCGAGAGGAGCUGUGUGAGGUUGGAGGAAUGCUACCUGAAGCCGGAAACCGGCCCGUGCAGAGCGAGGUUCAUUCGGUACAGUUAUGACGUCUUGGAUGGUAUCUGUAAAACCUUCGUCUACGGCGGAUGUAGGGGAAACGGGAACAACUUUGUCACCUUCGAUGCCUGCAUGCAAAAGUGCUAUAUUUCGGAGUUUGAAAAUCCCGAUUUCAACAGGCCCUAUCUUCCAGAUGAAUGAAGACUGAAGUUGUACCAUUUUGAACUGGUUUUUAUAAGCCUUUAAAACUAUAUUUGAGAGGGAGGACUACCCGUUCACAGGAGAUGCUUGUCCUGCGCAACAACGGGGACCGGUCUGGGUCCGGUUACAAGAUGUAACUUUGUGAACAAACUCUGACAUCAGAACCUGCCUCUAAUAGCGCUACGUCUUGCUCAUUCUCACUCGUUUCAUCUUGUCAACAUUCAUCUUGUCUCAUCUGAAUAAAGAAGACUGAUCCUAAUGAUAAUUACGAUCGUUUACUACUCAAGGCCAGUAAAUGUUCUGAUAUACUCACGACGCCACAACUUACUAUUUCCUUUGGGUUGUUUUUUCUUUUGUGCAUGGAUUCUCAUCAAAGAAAAUGAAUAUUGAAUGAGAAAUAUAUAUACGAAUGUUUAUACACAGA